AUGGAUGCCGACUGGAGCAAUACAACAGCCAUACAAUUCAUUCUCCUGGGAUUCGGGAGUCUGUCGGAACUGAAAAUUCUUCUCUUCCUGCUCUUCUCAGUGAUCUACAUUGUGACCAUGGCUGGGAACACCCUCAUCAUAGUGCUGGUUGUAAUCGAUCGGCGCCUUCACACCCCUAUGUACUACUUCCUGGGGAACCUGUCCUGCCUGGAGAUCUGCUACAGCUCGACCAUCCUGCCCUGGCUGCUGGCCGGGCUCCUGACGGGGGACAGAAGCAUCUCCUUCAGAGGCUGCAUGGUGCAAUUUUACAGUUUUGGAGCCCUUGUCACUACGGAGUGUUUUCUCUUAUCUGUGAUGUCCUACGAUCGGUACUUAGCGAUAUGCCAACCCCUGCACUACGCAGCCCGCAUGAACGGACGAUUCUGCACCCAGCUGGUGGCCGGGUCUUGGAUCAAUGGCUUUUUGGCUAUUAGCAUGACCACCUCUUUAAUGUCACAAUUGACUUUCUGUAGCUCCGGGAACAUUGACCACUUCUUCUGUGAUUUCGCCCCCAUGGUAAAACUCUCCUGCAGCGACACCCGCCUGAUAGAAUUUUGGGUGGCUUUCCUGUCAGCUGUUUGCUCCCUGCCUCCAUUUCUACUCACUGUAACGUCCUACGUGUGUAUCAUCAGCACCAUCCUGAGAAUCCCUUCCAGCACGGGGAGGCAAAAGGCCUUUUCCACCUGCUCCUCCCACCUCACUGUGGUGACCGUUUUCUAUGGGACCCUGAUCGUUGUUUAUCUUCUGCCCAAAACAAUGCUACUCCGAGACCUGAACAAAGUGUUCUCUCUCUUCUACACAGUCCUGACACCUCUGGUCAACCCCCUCGUCUACAGCCUGAGAAACACAGAGGUCAAAAAGGCCCUAAGAAAAGCAAUCAGUAAAUGCAUGGAUUUCACAGCGAUUUAG